GUGGCAGCACCUCCCCGCGCGCUAGUUAAAAAGAAGAAGAAAAGAGGGAACGAAACAUGAGAGGCUGUGUGAGAAGCUGCAGCCGCCGGCAGAGGAGACCUCAGCAUCAUCUAGAGCCCAGCGCCGGCCCUGCGUUCGCCUGCCCCGCCGCCGCCGGUUCUGUUCCAGCUACUGUCUCACCUAAACAACUCCCGUUACACGGACAAGUGAACCUCCGCGGCCGGCUCCUCUUCUUCCUCCUCUUCCAACUGCCCCUCCGCCCACUGCCCAGCUGCAGCAGAAAGCCCCUAACCCCACUGACACUGGCACAGCUGUACACGGUGUCAUCCGCACAACUUUCUCUCGCUCCUCGGGCUCCCCCAAGGCACUGGACCCUCGUCUUUUAUUUUUGGCCAAGUUGCAUCGUCCCCACCACCUCCUUCUGCCUCGCAAGUGUCCCGCCGCCCUGCAGCCUCCUCCCGGCGCUGCGCCCUAGUGCCCCUGCUGGGCAGUGGCGUUCCCCCCCUCUCGCCCGCGCCCACCCCCGGCCGCUCCGGGCAGACGAUGCUGAAGAUGCUCUCAUUUAAGCUGCUGCUGCUGGCCGUGGCUCUGGGCUUCUUCGAAGGAGAUGCUAAGUUUGGGGAAAGGAACGAAGGGAGCGGAGCGAGGAGGAGAAGGUGCCUGAAUGGGAACCCCCCGAAGCGCCUGAAAAGGAGAGAUAGGCGGAUGAUGUCCCAGCUGGAGCUGCUCAGCGGGGGAGAGAUGCUAUGCGGCGGCUUCUACCCUCGGCUGUCCUGCUGCCUGCGGAGUGACAGCGCUGGGCUGGGGCGCCUGGAUCACAAGAUAUUUUCAGUGACCAACAACACUGAGUGUGGGAAGUUGCUGGAAGAAAUCAAAUGCGCGCUCUGCUCUCCGAAUUCUCAGGGCCUGUUCCACUCGCCCGAGAGGGAAGCCAUGGACAGAGACCCCGCGCUUCCCCUGCUCUGCAAAGACUAUUGCAAAGAAUUCUUCUACACUUGCCGAGGCCACAUUCCAGGGUUUCUUCAAACUACUGCUGAGGAGUUUUGCUUUUACUAUGCGAGGAGAGACGGUGGGCUAUGCUUCCCAGAUUUCCCGAGGAAACAAAUCAGAGGACCGGCGUCUAACUACUUGGACCAGAUGGAAGAAUAUGACAAAGUGGAAGAGAUCAGCAGAAAGCACAAGCACAGCUGCUUCUGCCUCCAGGAGGUGGUGAGCGGGCUGCGCCAGCCCGUGGGCGCCCUGCACAGUGGGGACGGCUCGCAGCGGCUCUUCAUCCUGGAGAAAGAAGGGUACGUGAAGAUACUCACGCCCGAAGGAGACAUUUUCAAGGAGCCUUAUUUGGAUAUUCACAAACUUGUUCAAAGUGGAAUAAAGGGAGGAGAUGAAAGAGGACUGCUAAGCCUUGCAUUCCACCCCAAUUACAAGAAAAACGGAAAGCUGUAUGUGUCUUACACCACCAACCAGGAGCGGUGGGCUAUGGGGCCUCACGACCACAUUCUCCGAGUCGUGGAAUACACAGUAUCCAGGAAAAACCCCCACCAAGUGGAUUCGAGAACCUCCCGGGUGUUUCUCGAAGUGGCCGAGCUCCACAGAAAGCAUCUGGGAGGGCAGCUGCUGUUCGGCCCCGACGGCUUCCUUUACAUCAUUCUCGGCGACGGGAUGAUCACGCUGGAUGACAUGGAAGAAAUGGACGGGUUAAGCGACUUCACAGGGUCUGUGCUCAGGCUGGACGUGGACACGGACGUGUGCAGCGUGCCCUAUUCCAUCCCGCGCAGCAACCCGCACUUCAACAGCACCAACCAGCCGCCCGAGGUGUUCGCCCACGGCCUCCACGACCCAGGCAGGUGCGCUGUGGACCGGCAUCCCACCGAUGUGAACAUCAAUCUAACAAUACUCUGUUCAGACUCCAAUGGAAAGAACAGAUCAUCAGCCAGAAUCCUACAGAUAAUAAAGGGGAAAGAUUAUGAAAGCGAGCCGUCACUUUUGGAAUUCAAGCCAUUCAGUAACGGUCCUUUGGUCGGUGGGUUUGUUUACCGAGGCUGCCAGUCGGAAAGGCUGUACGGGAGCUACGUCUUUGGAGACCGUGAUGGGAAUUUCUUAACUCUCCAGCAAAGCCCCGUGACCAGGCAAUGGCAAGAAAAACCACUCUGUCUCGGCAACGGUGCUUCCUGUCGGGGGUACUUUUCCGGUCACGUCCUGGGAUUUGGAGAAGAUGAACUAGGGGAAGUUUACAUUCUAUCAAGUAGUAAAAGUAUGACCCAGACUCAUAAUGGAAAACUCUACAAAAUUGUAGAUCCCAAAAGACCUCUGGUGCCCGAGACGUGCCGAGUGGCCGUGCAGCCUGCCCAGACGCUGGCCUCCGAGUGCUCCCGGCUCUGUCGCAACGGCUACUGUACCCCCACAGGGACCUGCUGCUGCAGCCCAGGAUGGGAAGGGGACUUCUGCAGGAUCGCAAAAUGCGAGCCGGCAUGCCGCCACGGUGGAGUCUGCAUCAGACCCAGCAAGUGCCUCUGCAAGAAAGGGUACCUCGGCCCCCAGUGCGAACACGUGGACAGAAACGUCCGCCGAGUGACCCGGGCAGACAUCACCUAGAUGAAACACCUUUACCCUGUCCUGUAAAAUACUAAAGUUACAUUUUUCACCAACUUAAUUGGAAAGAAGGGGAGUGAGAAAGCAGACAGCCUUAAAGGUGCUGUGGAUCUAACCUAGCAGUGGAUCCUUGGGCCGACAUGUAAUCACUAACGACGGAUGAAAAAGCAAGAAAACAGCCAAUCCUUAUAAAAUUCCAGCAUUACACGUUGGUCAAGUGCUUUUCACCGUAGCGAGACUGUCAGUGGAUGUGAUUAGAAUGUCACAGAUGGCACACUCGGUCGCACCCCACUGGACAAGAACUCACUCGUUUUUAGCAAAUCUUGGCUGUGCUAAGCGGUCACUUGGACACAUUUUUAAUACAGUAAUUCUUGCCAAAUAUGACUCGUGUAAAUGUUCCUUCAGGACUCAGUGAAAACCCUCCGUGGUGAAUGUAUGAAUCAGUUUCUGUAAAUGUUCUGUCCAGGUUUUGAAAGCAAUGCUAUGUUCUAACUUACAAUUGCAAAACAUCGGAUAGACAGUUCUCUUAACGGUUUUCAAGGCCAGCUCUCCGUGUUUGGAUUGUGACAAAAUUGUAAGGCCUCUUUGCACUACUGAAAAAAAAACCUGUCGUGACACACGCACACCCUCUGUAGGUUUCCCUUCAGUGAACAGCAGUCCCUCCAGAAUCUAAAUUGGAGAGUAGUGGAGAUUAUGCAGCACAGGCUGACUUUCCAGACCUGCUCCUUACUUUUAGGAAUACGAACCUCAAUUAAAAAGAAUACGAUCUCGCCACUAGUACUCCUCUAUUGUUUUAAGGCGGGAGAGAUGCAAUUAGAGCGCAGGGAGCAUUUAUGCAGGAACCACAGCGUGGAAAGACCGGUGAAGUGCACUGUGCUUGUCUUCCGUAUAUGAUGACUUAAGUUUCGAGUGACCUCAUGCCAAAUGGAAAUGGGUUGAGAAAUCUUGGUUCAGUGCCUAGUGGACAAUAGCCUGCAUUAAAAAGUGCAUGCAUAAUUUUGCACAAUUUAGAUUCAAUUGACAGUCUAUUCAAAGAAGUCUCAGGAUUAAAUGAGCAUGGAGACCAAAUUGCCCUCUUACCCCAGAAAAGGGGUGGUCCCUGCUAGUCACGCUAACACUUCAUUGGACCAACAGUGUGACAAAUCUUGCAAUGAACCCUGCAGUAGCCUUCAUCUGUAGGUUAAUAGCAGUCUUUUGUCUCCACGGCUUUCUCUUCGUAGCCCUUUUACUGAAUUCCAUCACAGAAAGUUUUACAAUUAAAAAAAAAAAUGUCCUGACAACCAUUUUUGUAAAUGAACCUUACCAUCUAAUUGUCCCUUAUUCAGCAUGGUGACAUUAACAGAAUGUGAACUUCUUGUGAGGGAGCCAGCUGUCUAAACCUGGCAGAUUGUGCAGUUUUAUACACAUUCUCCCAGUCAUCGCUUCACUGAAAGCAAUCACGAUAUUGCUAUAGAUGGAGCAAGAUCUGAAAAUCCAGCCUUUCUCCUCACGUCCUUAAUCUUUCCACCUCUUCCAAAAGGACCCUUGCAAAAAACAAGGUGUGAUAUUGCCAUUAGUUCUCCUCUUUAAAAAUAUCUAUAUUAAACUGACCAGACCCACAUUUUGGCACAGGCCUCUCCCCAGGAACACAUGCACCCCAAGUGUCACUGCCUUUGCUCUUGUGAGUCCUUGGAAGGAAAGACCAAAGUCUUCCAAAAAGGAAGAGAGCGAGGCCUGCGGAUAUUAUGCCUGAGCAAAGAACAGAAAGUCAUUUCUUUCCGUUCUCAGAAAAGACAUAAAUAGCAGAGGUUAACGGAUGGCUACGCGUUUUGAACUCAGUGAUCAUUUCCAAAAUCUUUGGAACUUUUCAAGUAGGUUUUUAAAAUCCACAACUGGAGAACUGUCUUCAGUGAUUCAUAAAAAGGGACUGAGAGGAACUGGUUAAAAAGUAUGAGCUAAGGAAAAGCGAUGGCCCCGUCACACGGUGACGGCAUCUGCGCCAACUCGGUCCAGAGCGCGCCCCCUCCACCUGGAAGAACAGUGCCCUCGCUGGGAACACAGGUGUGUGAAACAAAGUAGCGAAGUGGGAAAAGGUCUGUGGUUAUGCCUUUGUCCAUUCUAGAGCUUAAUAUAUGAGUGUCAGUUUAAUCGGAACUGCUGUUAUGGCAGGUUAUAAAGAGUUGGAAAGAAACUUUCUGCCACGGCUUCUGCCACACUUUUCCCUAGUUCAGAGAACCUUGAUUUCCUGCCAGUCACAUAUGGUGAUGAGAAGAACACAGAACUGACACAUUAUUAAAGUGAAAAGAAGGGGCGAUUUCAGAAACCCGAGUGAUGAUAAAAAGUACUUUCAUCCAUACCUUUCUUGGAAUUUUGUUUUAAUGUGGAUUAUAAAAAAUUUGUUUCAUCACAAAGAGUACUCAGAUGUUUUUCUCAGAUUAAGGGAUUAUCUCUUAAAGAGCAAAGAAACCUACACCAGUAUGUACACACAACCUAAAUAGAAAACUUUUUCAUUUGCAUACUUCAGAACAAGCACUUCUCUAUUUAUUUGUUUGAAAAUAAUUAGAUAAUAAUGUACUAACAAUUUUAAUAUAUUUCUUUUUAAUAUCGUUUGUAUCUCUGAAUCGUAUACAAAAGUCUACUAGGUAUGAAGGCAUGAGGUUAGAUGCUACAUCUAGGGUCAUUUAAAGUACACAAUAAUUUAAACUUUUAUUAGUCAAACUUUUAGUUUUAAAAGAUAAAAGAGAAACCAAGUCCAAAUUUUUAAGAGAAAAAAUAAGGUAUAGCACAGGCAGUUGUAGUUGGCCGAUCAAUGAAGUUUCUGAGCAUCUCUAUAGAAUGUUACUUAUGAGACCUAUUUCUCUCUCUCUCUCUCCCUCUCUCUCCCCCU